UGACGGGGCGGGGAAAGUCCCACCGGGCACAGCUGCAGUCCUGUGCAUCCCCUGCAGUCCUGCUGUCUCCCUCCCUGAGCACAGGUGUCCCCCUCCCCCCCAUAGCCCUGCUCUCUCCCCAGCACAAGCUGUCCCCCCCCCCCCCCCCCCCCCCGCAUAGCCGUGCCCUCUCCCCAGUGCAGCCUUCCUGGGGAGUCUGGGGACAGGAGUAGGCAAGCCAGAGAUUUCUGAGGGGGGUCACCUGCGAAGGACCAGGGAGGGAGCAGGGAGGCCGGGGAGCCCCCAGACCAGGGACAGGAAGGUGGCUCGAGUGGGACGGGUCCCAGAUGGCCGUGUGGUUCUCAGGAAGUCUCGGCCAGGCCAGCAGGGACCCCUGUGACAGACCUGUGUCUCAUGCCGACAGGCUGCAUCGGGGCUCUGCCGUGGUCACUUCCUUCCUGGGAGCAGGCAGCGGGGCUGGCAGUCACCCCCCUGGCGGGAGACAUGCCCACAACACCCGGCCCCCGAGGGCGAAGGGGCGGGAGAGCCCAGGCUUGUCUCCUCGGGGGCAGUCCUGGCUCCAGAGCAGCCCGGGGCCCCUCCCCUGGGCCGGGCUGGGGCCGCCGUCCCUGCUCCCCAACUAGCAAUCCUGCUCGUAGGUCUGACCUUCACGGCCCUGCGGAGGCCAGCAAAGGCACCGGCGGGGGAUAGGCGGGUGGCAGGAGGGGACUGACGGUAGUUCUCUCCCCACUCAUCACGGGCACCGCCCGUCAGUGGGUCUGACUCCUCAGCGGUGCCCACUCCUGUCUACUGUCCCCCCUCCCCGCCCCCGUGCGGGAGGGACCUCCCUGUUCCAGUCUGGGGGUGACUUCCUGCCCUUGCCUCAGGGCCACCAGCGGCCGCCUGGCUUCUCAGCUUCUCUGUCACUGUGUGACUUUCCUGGGUAAAAUCCCUCAGGGUCUCGGUUGUAAAUACUGGGAGUAGGUUCUGUCCGCCUGGCUGGCCCCUGCCUGAGUUUUGCUUUAGAUUUGCACAUCUGCCUUCAGACCGGGUCCAUCGUGGCCUCUGUCACUGCCUGCCCUCUGCGCCCGCUAGCCCACCAGCCUGGACUCCCCCUCAUUUCUCGCCCCCUGCAUCCCUGCGGUUACCUUCUGGUCAUUGCCACCUGCCUGGUGGCUCUCAUCCCUGCUCCCCCUUGACCCCUGACCCUUGUCAGGGUGCCCUGCCCUCCUGUAUAACUGUCACUCUUGGGGUCAGCCGUGCCCCCUUGUGACAGAACACCUGCUCGCCGGUCACGCCCUGACCUCGGGUGAAGACGUGACUCCCUAGGUCACCGUUGCCCUGCCUGCAUCCUGAAGAGCACCUGCUCUGAGCGCUGAGCACCGCUUCCUCGGUGCUGCUUCCUGCCCCUCUGGGGCCCCCUGCUGCUCUGGUCCGGGGCCUCGGGGACACCGCUUGUCUGACGGGACCCUCUCCGUGUGCCUACUGGUCCUGUAGCUGGUCAGCAGCCCUGACGUUCAUUUCAAUAUCGCGGGCACGCGGCACGGUGCGCGCGGAGCGUGUGUGAGCGAGCUCUCCGGCCGGGGGCACUUAGCGAGCCCCCCUCGCGUCUGCACAAAACCAUCCGGAUGCAGGCAUCACGGUCCCCCUCCUCCUUGGGAGACAAGCGGAGCUCAGAGACGCCAAGUACCUUGCCUGAGGAGCUACCACCAAGGCCCAGGCUGGGGUCUGGACCUCUGUCCGCUCCUCCUGGAAGGCCGGGGAGGAGAGCAGGGCCUGGGCUCUGGGCCCAGUGAUCCCAGGAGAGUCAUCUGGUCCUCCGGUGACCGCUUCGGUUUGCCAAGCGACCGAGAGGCUAGUUUCGCCAGUGUAUAAACUAGGAAGUGAGCAUCUAACAGGCAGCAGUCACUGUUUUGUGGGAGUGAGGGGGCCAGUAAAUAAUGUUCUGUGUAUCACAGACGCCUGGGAGCCAGUAGCUUCAGAGACUCGAAAUCUCAGAUGACUGUGUUUCAGAACAAGAAGGUCUUACUCCGAAACUUACUCCAGCGUCAGGAAGGAGCCUUAGUCUUCGUUCCCUUGAGCCAGGCCCGCCCCCUGUGGGGGCGUGGCCACGUUGCCGGGCGGCCCCGCCCCCAGUUUCCACACCUGUAAGAUGGGCGUCAGACUCCCCUCCUGUGGAGUGCUCGACGCCAGAUUCAGACGAUGCUUUCAGGGUCUGUCAUAACGUUCAGAAUUUAAAAAAACUCGCAGUUACAACAGGCAGGAGGGAAAAACCUAUCUUAAGUAUGUGGAUUUGAGAUGAACUGUGCCUCGUGUUGUCACGGAAAGGGAGUCGUAAACUGAAGAGACUCUGUCCCCAACGGAGAAAGUCGCAGAAGCUCCCGAGGAGCAAGCAGGUGACACAGAAAGACGGUAAGAGGAGGACGAAAACCGCGUUUCUCUACCAGGGAGACCACGGUUGGCGUUUUGAUGUGCUCCCUUUUUGCUCCUCCCCCACCUCCCCUUAGGUAUGGACGUUGGGGGCGUGAGCUGUCCUGGCUGCUUCGCGGCACGGCUCUGGCGAGUUGCCCCGUUCGGUGGCUGCCGCGUCCCGUCGGGGCAGUGCGUGAACUGUAUGCGUCCUACAGGGGGCACCGCGUGGGCCGCCCUGAAGCCGGGACAGCUUGUGCGCCCCUCUGCCCCCACGGCACCCUGCUUCCCAAAUCCCUGCCGGCCGCUCGCGCCUUCUCCAUCGUUCCAUCCGCUGUGCACCAGGACCCGGCCGGCGCUGAGGACCCCGUCCCCCGGUGUCCCCCUCGGUGUCCUCCCGAGCCGGCGGGGCCGGGGCUGGGGCUGAACACAGGUCGAGCGGUGCUUGCUGCCGGCUGCUCCGCACCCGGCCCUCUGCGCCUGGACAGCCUCCAGUGCGAGGUGCCGCCUGCCGCCCGACGGAUACAGGCCGCCCCUCGCGCUGUGGGGGUGGCUUCUCGCCCCUCCUCUUCAGCCCAGUCCCACCCCUCCUGGCAGAAGGAGUCUGUUCCCUUCACUCAUCCCGCGGUCACUCGUUCCGCGGUCACUCUUUCCGUGGUCACUUGUUCCAUGGUCACUCGUCCCACGGUCAUUCAUUCUGGGGUCACUUGUCCCGCGGUCACUCGUCCCAGGGCCACUGAUCCCGUGGGCACUUGUCCCACAGACACUCAUUCUGGGGGCACUCGUCCCGCAGACACUCGUCCUGGGGUCGCUCGUCCCACAGUCACUUGUUAUGUGGGCACUUGUCCGGUGGUCACUCAUCCCGGGGUCACGUCCCACAGUCUGCUGUCCUCCCUUGCCCACCUUCAGCCCCUGAAGGUGGCCAGCACUGGCCUGAGCCCCGGCCUCAGGCGCGUGCUGUCCCGGGGCCGUCGUUCAAAUGCGCAGGCGCUGUCUCUAGCGGGUGGUGCUGACCCUGCCCGCUGAGAGGGGCGAGGCUUCCGGGGAGACCCCUCUAGGGGAGCACGCACCGGCUGCAUCACACGGCGCCCUCGCGUGCCCUGGAGCGGGCCGUGCAGGUGUCCUGGGGCGGCAGCGGCUGGGAGGUGCAGGCAGCGCUUCGCGCCCCGUGACAUCUGUGGGACGGCCGUGCUGCUGUCACGCUAACUCUUGGGCCUGGGACUCGGUUGUGACCCAUAUACCCCAGAUCUCGCGUGCAGCGGCCAGGCCGACUCUUCCGCCGGCUCAGGAGCGGAUCAUAGCGGCCUGUGUUCUUGGGUGUUUGGGGCACACGAGUGGGUUUCGGG